GCUGCUGCUGCUGCCUCGGCUCGCCUCCCCGGGAAGAAAAAGGACAACCGAGAACCGACGCAUGCAAAAAACGUGACUCCCCCACCCCCGACACACACACACACACACACACACACGACUGCUCCGUUUUCCAGCCGCACUCGCAGGGAUUCUGUCCUCUCUCCGUCGGAUGGUGGAGCUCCUCUCGGCUGUGCACCUGCACCGGAUCACAGCGACGCUCUGAGGCGCCGGCAGCGCUCUACGUUCCCGUGGACCGGACCUCACUUUCAGGUGCAGCAGGAUGAGGGCCGUGUGCACUCUGCAGCCCCUGCUGGCCUUCCUUCUGCUCCAGACCGCGGGCGGCGGCGCCGCCAACGCCGACCCCGUGGUGGAUAUGCGGAAGGUGACCCAUCAGACCAUUAGCGAGGAGCUGUCCAACGACGUCCUCCUCCCCUGCCUCUUCACCCUCCGCCCCGGCGCCGCCUCCUCCCACGAGCCCCCCAGGAUCAAGUGGACCAAGGUGUGGGGCCAGAGGGGCUCCGACGGCCAGCAGAGGGAGCAGCCGGUGCUGGUGGCCAAAGACAACGUGGUCAAGGUGAAGAAGGCCUUCCAGGGCCGCGUGACGCUGCCCGGUUACAACGGCAACCGCUACAACGCCAGUCUGGCUUUGUCAGGGCUACGCUCGAGCGACUCCGGCCUGUACCGAUGCGAGGUCGUGGUGGGCAUCGGUGACGAGCAGGACACAGUUCCCCUGGAGGUCACAGGUGUGGUGUUUCACUACCGGGCGCCGCAUGACCGCUACGCCCUGUCCUUCGCCGACGCCAAGAGAGUGUGCGUGGAGAACUCGGCCGUCAUCGCGACGCCGGGCCAGCUGCAGGCCACCUUCGCCGACGGAUACGACAACUGUGACGCCGGCUGGCUGUCGGACCAGACUGUGAGGUAUCCCAUCCAGUCGCCUCGGCCCGGUUGCUAUGGCGAUCGCGAGGACUCACCUGGAGUCCGUAACUACGGCGAUAGGUCCCCCGACGAGCUGUUUGAUGUCUACUGCUUUGCCCAGCAGCUUCAAGGGGAAGUCUUCCACUCCUCGGUGCCGGACAAGUUGAGCCUGGCCACGGCCUCCACCCACUGCCACUCCCUGGGCGCCCAGCUGGCCACCGUGGGGCAGCUGUACCUGGCGUGGCAGGCGGGCCUGGACCAGUGCGACCCGGGCUGGCUGGCCGACGGCAGCGCCCGCUACCCCAUCAACGCGCCGCGCAGGAACUGCGGCGGGGACGAGCCCGCCGGGGUGCGCACCGUCUACAGCAACGCCGACCGCACCGGGUCGCCCGACACCGACGACCUGUACGACGCCUUCUGCUACCGAGCUCUCCAUCCGGCAGUCGUCCAGGCCGCGGAGCCACGAGCUUCGUACCGGACCCCCGAAACAGAGCCCGUCUCCCCGGUCACCGCCCCGUUCCCCGAGACCUCCAACUGGACCGCCUUCGUCGGCAACUCCUCCGAGAUCCGCGAAGACCACGUCGUCUUCCACCUCGGGCCGGAGGAGGGCCGGGGGGUGAAAGGGGAGGAGCCCGAUGCCACGCAGACGACGAGCAACGCCACGGGCCUCGCCGACCCGGAGAGCCACGGAGGCUCAGCUCACGAAGAAGAAGAAGAAGAAGAAGAUGGCGGCUAUUUCGGAUCGUCCCCGCCGUCGCCGUCCGCGGCCUCUCCGACUCCCCCGCACCGGACGAGUAACGGCGUGCUGGCUGAGUUUGUGAACACUCUGAUGAAGCCCUUCAGGUACUGGAGAGGAGGCGAGGAGGCGGAGGAGGAGGCGGAGGAGGGCCCGUCGACGCCGGGAGAAACGUCCGGCAGGAACCUGAGUUUACCCAAAGCGAGCGGGAACAAGGGCAGCGUGGACAACGCCAUCACGGAGCGCCGGGCCGGCGGCGGCGUUGGCUCCUCCUUCAGGACGUCUACCGGCGGACUUCAGAACCCAGAGGAGGGUCUGACCGAGCGGGAGAAGGAGGCGGCGCCGCUGAUUCGGCUGGUGCCUGCAGUCCAGAGCGCGGGGCAAAACGACACCCACGCUCCGCCGGGAGAACGAGGCUCCGGCGCCGCGACCCGCGAGCCGCCGUCCAGAGGAUUCACCGAGACGUCGCCGCCCGGCGAACACGUCAACGCGUCCGGUCCUCAGGGUCCCGGGCGAGGCCACGCCCCCGGCGGCCGCUUUCGCUGGGCCAUCAAAUCCAUCAUGCACGGCUCUAAGCUGAGCCCCGACGGGGCCAAUCGCCCCACCUGGGGCCCCAUGGAAGCCAAAGCGGGGCCCCUGGAGGUGAUGACCGUGCCUACCGGCCUUCGCCGGGACAACCCGGAAAACUAUUCGGGCCAGGGGAAGGACCCGGAAGGGGAGGACGCCGACGCUCCAUCGGACGCCAGGACCGCAUCGGGGGGGGAGAAGGAGGCGGAGGGGAGCGGCGACGGAGGCGACUUCCCCGGCGGGUUUGGAGUGAGAGUUGAAGGCGGUCCCGGAACCGAGUCCGUACUCGGCCAGAACCAGGCGGAGCACACGACUCUGACCCGGUGGCAGCUGGUGCAACAGCCCACCACCCAAACUCCACCGGCCGAGGGAGAGAUCCUCUCCGCCCACGGGCCGCCCCCCGGAGGUAGCUCGGGUUUCACACCUCUUUCGAAGAACCACAGCGAAGACGCCGGCGGGAAGGAGGCGGCCACUUCCACUCCACCCGCAGUCCUUACGGAGGCGCCGCCCACCUCCGAAGCGACCGCGGUGGAGCUCCUGACAACUGGAGAUCCCGUCGCCACGGCGACCGCCGCCACGGAGAUCUCCUCGGAGGGCGCCGCCACCGAGGAGCCGUCCAUUUCCAUUUCGUGGGUUCGGGAAGAGAAGGAGACGUCGACGCCCGACCUCUCGGCUACCGCGGCGCCCGGCGACGGAUCUCGAUCCGCCGCGGUUCGGUCGACCGCUUUCUCGUCGGGCUCCAACGGCGGCGCCACGGAAAUGGAAUCCAGGUCCGCGGCGUCGGGGUCCUUCGUGGUCGGGAGCCGGUGGACGCCUUCCAAAAGCGCGAGCCGGAAGUCAGAGGAGCACAAAGUGGAGGACGGCGAAGACGCGAGCAACCCUUUCGAGAUCCUCGUACCCAACUGGGCCUUCGGGCUCGCUCCAUCAGUGGAGAAGGACCCGUGCCGGACCAACCCCUGCGUCCACGGGGGCAGCUGCCUGCAGGAAGGCGACGGCUACAGCUGCUACUGCCCUCAGGGCUUCACCGGAGAGAGCUGCGAGAUCGACGUUGAUGACUGCCAGUCCGACCCGUGCCAGAAUGGAGGAACCUGCAUCGACGAGAUCAACUCCUUCGUGUGUCUGUGCCUGCCGAGCUACGGAGGAGCCACCUGCGAGAAAGACACCGAGGGCUGCGAGCACACGUGGAGGAAGUUCCACGGCCACUGCUACAGGUACUUCAGCCGGAGGCACACCUGGGAGGACGCCGAGAAAGACUGCAGGGAGCACAGCGGCCACCUGGCCAGCAUCCACAGCCUGGCGGAGCAGAGCUUCAUCGGAGGGCUGAGCCACGACAACACCUGGAUCGGGUUGAACGACCGUACGGUGGAGGACGACUUCCAGUGGACCGACAAGAUGGACCUGCAAUAUGAGAACUGGCGUGAAAACCAGCCGGACAAUUUCUUCGCCGGAGGAGAAGACUGCGUCGUUAUGAUCGCCCACGAGAACGGGAGGUGGAACGACGUGCCGUGCAACUACAACCUGCCCUACGUCUGCAAGAAGGGAACAGUGCUUUGCGGAGCCCCGCCCACCGUGGACAACACCUUCCUGAUUGGUCGGAAACGCUCCCACUACGACAUCCACUCGGUGGCUCGCUACCAGUGCGCCGACGGCUUCCUGCAGCGCCACGUGCCGACCGCCAAGUGUCGCGCCAACGGCAAGUGGGACCGGCCCAAAAUCAUCUGCAUAAAAUCCCGGCGAGCCCACCGCGACCGGCGCCACCACCACCACCGCCACCGCCAGGGCCGGAGGGAGCGCAGGAAGCACAAGAGGCACGGCCACAGAGUGGGAGGGCGCCACGGAGGAGAGCCGGGCCACGCCCACAACCACGCCCACGCCCACGUCUGAAAACAAAAUAACCACACCCCCUUUGUUUUUGCUUUUCUCUUCCUCCACUACGGUUGCGCCCGUCUCUCCUCGUCUUCGCCCUGUUUUUCCUCCCUCCGGAAAACCACUUAAACUCUCUGCCCGAGGCCCCGCCCCCUUUCCCUUUCCCUGCACUGCCCCGCCCUUAGCUCCGCCCCCUUCCCCCCCCCCCUGGCUCUUCCGAGUCAGCCUGUAUCAUAGCAUCGAGGCCCGCUAAAGUGCCGCCAGGCGCCGUCGGGACAACAAUAUACUCUUUUUACUUUCCUCUCUCUCGCUGUUGAUCUUUUUCUCGUCCUGACUUGU